AUGAGUAUCAGUAAAAAUGGUGCAGUUAAGUUCCUGUGUCUUUUCCUUGCCAUCAUGACGAUUGCGGUUCUGGACUCCAACGUGGCUGAGGCAAGAGACUGCCUUUCUAGAACGUUUUCUGGACCCUGUUGGGCUUGGAGCGGUGAACAGUGCCGACGCCUUUGCAAGGAAGAAGGACGUGUCAGUGGACAUUGCAGUUCCAGUAUGAAAUGUUGGUGUGAAGGAUGCUGA